AUGAGCGAGAAAAGAUUACUUAAAGAGCUAAGGACUAUCUCCAAGGAACUGGUUCAGGAAGAUUCCUCUCUAGCGCUGAAUGGGGUGCUAGUGCUAGAACCGGUCUCGGAAGGCGACUUGUUUGAAUGGAGAGCCAGAAUAAGAGGACCUGAAGGCUCGUGUUAUGCGAAUGGAAUAUGGGAUCUACAUAUCACGGUUCCCAGUAACUAUCCCACGGCUCCACCUACAUUCAGAUUUGUCAUGAGCUCAGAAAGAAACGCAAGGUUGGCUAGUGAUUCUCCCACGGCAACUAGGGGAAGGUGCUUGCGUAUGCCUCAUCCAAAUGUGAACUUCGAAACAGGCGAGAUAUGCCUUGAUAUUCUGCAGCAGAUGUGGACGCCGGCGUGGUCGCUUUCCAGUUCGGUGGUUGCGAUCGUAAUGCUGCUUGAUUCGCCUGAGCCCUUGAGUCCAUUGAACAUAGACCUGGCGAAUUUGCUAAAAUCUGGAGACCAGAAAGGUUACGAUGAUCUGGUGAAGUAUUAUAUCGAAAGGUUCACCAUUGCAGAGAGCUGA